GUUAUUAUACAUUACAUAAUUAUAUGUUUCCUGGUGUUUAUCUUUUAUAUUUUCUAUCAUGAAUUUAUGACAACACCUUUAGUAACUUCCGCGGAUACAAACGAUCAUAAAACGACUACUUUACCUUUUCCAGCAAUCGCCAUCUGCUCCGUUAACAGGAUAAGUCGGCAAUCCGCAACGGAACUGGCGACCAAUAUUUUUAAAGCAAAUAUCACGAACCAGACAGUUGAUGAAAUUCUCAUCUUGAUAAUGCGGCUGGGCAAUCUCUACAUUUCUAAUUUUGACACGGAUAAUCAUGAUGUGGAAUUAGAUAAACUUUUAACAACUUAUCAUAAUGGGAUUUACGAUGUCACUGAAAUAAUGAAAGCUCUGACUCCGCAAUGUUCGAUGAUGCUAUCGAAAUGUAAGCUGCAUGGAAACUACAGCGAUUGUUCGACACUUUUUAAGUUUCGCAAGACGCAGGACGGAUACUGUUGCACUUUCAAUUACGUGCGUGAAAGCGACGACAUUUUCGA